CCGCCUCUUCUAAACACAUGACUUGAAGUACUCUGAGGUAGAUAGACCGUAGCUCUGAAAUAGCGUUUCAUUUUUAAGAUUUAUUCCAUCCAUUUUCCGGUACGGUGCAAAAUGAAGUUCGGUUGUUUAUUCGCGGUGUUGUGUCUCGCAGUCGGGGCGAUUGCAGGAAAGUAUUCUCGAGAAAUUAACGAUCAGAAACCGUCCGUGGACGGUAAGAGCACGGUGGAAUUUAGGAUAGCUAAACUCAACCAGGUGUGGGAGAAAGCGACCAGGAUGCAGUUGCCCCCAGUGCGUCAGGCAGAGCUCCACAGUGAUCUGAAGAUCCAGGAGAAAGAUGAACUACAGUGGAAGAAGUCUAAGGCAGAAGGGAUGGAUGAGAAUGGAGAGAGAGAGGCCAAGCUACGACGUGGCUUCAACGUGAUCCUGGCUAAGUAUGGGAUGGAUGGGAAGAAGGACACCAGACCUCUAGAAUCUAACAACCUGAAGGACCAUGACAUCAGAGAAGGAGACAUGUUUGAUGACCCCAGACUGGACAAACUGUGGAAUAAGGCUAAGAGUUCUGGUAAGUUCUCAGAGGAGGAGAUGCAGAGUCUGAAGAGGGAGUUUCAACACCACAAGGACAAGAUCAGCGAGUACAACAUCGUCAUGGAUACCGUCAGCCGCACGGAGGAGAUCCAUAAGAAUGUGAUCUCUCCAUUAGAAGGGGAAGUUAAACAACAUGUCCUGCAUCAGAAACACACCGACCUGAAGGACAAGAUGAGGGAUCUGAACCAGGGCUUUGAACGCCUGAGGAAACUCAGCCAUGAGGGCUUCAGCGAGGACAGCGAGUUUAAAGAGCCCAGGGUGAUAGAGCUGUGGGAGAUGGCACAGAGAGCCAACCUGACUGGGGAUGAACUGGACUCGCUCAAGGAGGAACUGAAGCAUUUUGAGACCAAGGUAGAGAAGCACAGCCACUACCAGGAACAGUUGGAGUUAUCCCACCAGAAGCUGAGACAUGUAGAAUCUCUAGGAGACAACGACCACAUCCUGAGAAACCAGGAGAGAUACAAUAACCUGGCAGAGAAGACCAGAGAGAUGGGGUACAAGAUGAAGAAGCACAUGCAGGAUUUAACCAGCAAGAUCUCCCGUAAAGGACUGGACCGUAACGAACUGUAAGGGGUUCCUCAGACGAGGCCCUGGGGGGGGGGGGGGGCGACGACGACAGAAGGCUGUGUGUUUUCAACAUCAGGACUCGAAACAACAAAUGAAGUCUUGCUUUGUGUUUUUCUUGCCACAGUGAUUCAGAGUGUGGCGAUGCUGCUGUCAUGACAACCCUACGAUGAACUGCUAAUCUGCCUGUCUAUAUAUACACACACUUCCGUCCACAUUGCUCUUUUGUAGACUACUUUAAUGAAAUCAGUGUUUUUUCCGCGUAAAUCUCAUUUGUGAUUAUGUUCCAUUUUAAUAAUGACGAGCCUGCUUCUAUCUCAAAUGGCACCCUAUUCCCUACAUAGUGCACUACGUUUGACCAGAGCCCUAUGGAAGUAGUGUACUGUGUCGGGAAUAGGGUGCCAUUUGGGAUGGAGAACGUGUCUUUCAGUGCCACUACUUGUUUUGUGUAAAUAUGUGUGUAUGUAUAUAUAUAUAUACCUAUUGUAGGUACAUCUGAUUAUGUCCGUGUACCAAAUGUCACCCUAUUCCCUACAUAGUGCACUACUUUUAACCAGAGCCCCGUACGUUCUUGAUCAAACACCUAAUAACUUUGAUCAACAGUUUUAUUCUGAAUGUAUUUGAGACAACCACAUAUUACCACCUCCAUCGAACCCUUCUGGGGAAAUAGCUGCGUCGCCAUAGUAACUCGCGGUAUCGGUGCAUUUGACGACAUCGCCAUAGUAACGCGCGGUAUCGGUGGAUUUGACGACAUCGCCAUAGUAACACGCGGUAUCAGUGGAUUUGACGACAUCGCCAUAGUAACACGCGGUAUCAGUGGAUUUGACGACAUCGCCAUAGUAACACGCGGGAUCAGUGGAUUUGACGACAUCGCCAUAGUAACACGCGGGAUCAGUGGAUUUGACGACAUCGCCAUAGUAACACGCGGUAUCAGUGGAUUUGACGACGUCGCCAUAGUAACACGCGGUAUCAGUGGAUUUGACGACAUCGCCAUAGUAACACGCGGGAUCAGUGGAUUUGACGACAUCGCCAUAGUAACACGCGGUAUCAGUGGAUUUGACGACGUCGCCAUAGUAACACGCGGUAUCAGUGGAUUUGACGACAUCGCCAUAGUAACACGCGGUAUCAGUGGAUUUGACGACAUCGCCAUAGUAACGCGCGGUAUCAGUGGAUUUGACGACGUCGCCAUAGUAACACGCGGUAUCAGUGGAUUUGACGACAUCGCCAUAGUAACACGCGGUAUCAGUGGAUUUGACGACAUCGCCAUAGUAACACCUGGUAUCAUUGGUAUUUCAACAAUAGUAGUAGCUUAAUAUCAGCAAAUCUCAAGAACUCCUCCGUGACCUUUGGCCUAAUGGUAAAAUCCCUGAGCGGUUUCCAUCCUCUCUGGCAACUCGGUUAGGACGGACUUCUGAAUCUUUUGUAGUGACUGGGUGUGUUGAUAUUCAAUGUCUGCUUUUAGUUUUUUAUUCAUCUUUCAAAAAAUAGGUGCCCUUCUUUUGCGAGGUUAUUGUAAAACCUCUCUGGUCUUUGUGGUUGAAAUUCACUGCUCGAUUUGAAGGACCGUACAAUUAUGUGUAUGUGUGGGGUUGGAGUGAUGAGGUAAGUCAUUCAACAGUCAUGUUGAACACUGUUCUGGCAGACAAAGUGGGUCCUUGUAACUGAUGUGGCUUUAAGUACAUAUUUACUACGGCACUUAAUUAGCCUUGAUAUUACAAUGGGGUUGAAUACUUGACUCAUGAACAUUUCAGCUUAUCAAUUGUGUGUAGUAUUGUGUGUAGUAUUGUGUGUAGGCCCAGUGGAGAAAAAUAAUCUAAAUUGAAUCCAUUUUAAAUUAAAGCUGUAUUAACCAAUCAGAG